UGGAAAUGAGGACAUGGAGAUGGCACAUGGAGAUGAGAACAUCUGGACCUGCCCGGCCACCGCGCCGCUCUUUGUCCUCCAGGGCGGGCUGGACACGGAGAUCAAGAUGGUGGAAGACGAUGGAAGAACCUACUUCUACCAGAUGUGGUACGACCAGGAGUACGCGCGCUUCGAGAGCCCGCCCAGCACGCGGCCCACCGAGGACAACAAGUACAAGUUCUGCAUGAGCUGCGCGCGCCUGGACGAGGUGAGGCACAAGGAGAUCCCCAAGGUGGCCGAGCCCUUGGAGGAGAGCGAUGGGAAGAUGUUCUACGCCGUGGCCACCAAGAACGGCGUCCAGUACCGCGUCGGCGACGGCGUCUACCUGCUGCCAGAUGCCUUCUCCUUCAGGUGGGUUGGAGGAUCUCCUCACCUUCGGGAUGGGAUUCUGGGGCUUUUCCCACCUGGCAGUGAAGGUCUGGUGUCCUGAAUUUCCAGAAGGUUUUGGGAAUUUUGGGGCGGAGAGGUGGAAUUUUGGGAAUUGCAGGAUGGGAAGGUUUGAAAUUGGGAGAUCCUUCAAAGAUCUUGAGGUUCUAAAUUUGAACCCAAAGAUUUGGGAGGGAUAAAUUGGAAUUGUGGAGUUGAAGAUCUAAAAGCUCUCCAAGUUCCUUCAGUUCCAAAUCUUCAAAUUCCAACUUUUGGUGGACAAACCAAAGUCAGGGCUCUAAAACCCCUCCAAGAUCUCCAAAUUCCAACUUUGGAUGGAGAAACCCAACUCAGGUCCAUCAAACCCCUCUGAGAUCCCCAAAUUCCAACUUUUGAUGGCCAAACCCAACUCAGGUCCAUCAAACCCCUCCAAGAUCUCCGAAUUCCAACUUUGGAUGGACAAACCCAACUUUUGAUGGCCAAACCCAACUCAGGUCCAUCAAACCCUUCCAAGAUCCCCAAAUUCCAACUCUCCACCCAACUUUUGAUGGACAAACCC